GAAAACAUUCACCCGUUCACCACAUAGACACAUCGCCGGGGACCCGUUUUACAAUAAACAGAAAAGGCAUCAACAGUUACUGUUUGAGCCGCUCGGGUUGUAAACGUUGCUUUCCUCAGAUCGCAAUGAAACGAGGGGAGCAUGGGGGCUAAAGAGUCGAGGAUAGGAUUCCUGUCGUAUGACGAGGCUGUCAAGAGAGUUACUGAUGUGGAACUGAAGCGGCUGAAGGAUGCCUUCAAGAGAACCAGCGGUCUGUCGUGUUACAUGACCCAGCAGUGCUUCUACAGAGAAGUGUUGGGAGAUGGAGUUCCCCCGAAAGUUGCAGAGGUGAUCUACAGCUCGUUUGGAGGCUCCUCUAAAGGGCUGCACUUUAACAACCUGAUAGUGGGGCUGGUGCUGCUGACCAGAGGGCGUGAUGAGGAGAAGGCUAAGUACCUCUUCAGCCUGUUUGCCAGCGAUCUCAGUGGAUAUGCUGCCAGGGAAGAUAUUGAGGCAGUUCUGCAGGCCCUUGAUGGAGAAGUCCCGUCCUCCCUGAAGAGGUGCUUCACAGAGAGUGACAAGGUCAACUAUGAGCGCUUCAGGAACUGGCUGUUGCAGAACAAGGAGGCCUUCACUCUGUCUCGAUGGCUUCUCUCUGGAGGAGUGUGUGUCACGCUGACGGAUGACAGUGACACACCCACCUUCUACCAGACCCUCGCUGGCGUCACACACUUGGAAGAGUCAGACAUAAUAGACUUGGAGAAGCGCUACUGGCUCCUCAAAGCCCAGUCCAGAACCGGCCGCUUUGACUUGGAAACCUUCGUCCCGCUGGUGUCUCCUCCCAUCCAUGCCUCUCUGAGUGAAGGUCUGUUUCACGCCUUCGAUGAAAAUCGGGACAAUCACAUCGACUUUAAAGAGAUCUCUUGUGGACUCUCAGCCUGCUGUAGGGGGCCUGUUGCUGAAAGGCAGAAAUUUUGCUUCAAAGUAUUUGAUGUGGACCGUGAUGGGAUUCUGUCUCGAGAUGAGCUCCAUGAGAUGGUUGUUGCCUUGCUGGAGGUGUGGAAGGACAAUCGCACAGACACAAUCCCUGAGCUGCACAGCAGCAUCUCAGACAUAGUGGAGGAAAUUGUGAAGAUGCACGACACGACCAAGCUGGGUCACUUGACCCUUGAAGACUACCAGAUCUGGAGCGUGAAGAGCGCUCUGGCCAAUGAGUUCCUGAACCUGCUCUUCCAGGUUUGCCACAUAGUGCUGGGCCUCAGACCUGCCACUCCUGAAGAGGAAGGGCAGAUCAUCAGGGGGUGGUUAGAAAGGGAGAGCAGACAUGGGCUGCAGCAGAGCCAGAGCUGGUUCCUGAUCUCCAUGCUGUGGUGGCAGCAGUGGAAGGACUACGUUAAAUAUGACAGUCCCUGCUGUUGUCUUCCUGUCCAGGAGCAUAAAGGCAUCGUUGUGGAACAGCCGUCCAUUCUGAGCUCACUCAGGCCCCUGACAGCCACAGCCACCGUGGAGCCCGCAAACCCCGACAGGCCUGGGGGCCUGGGGACCUUCGGCCCCUUCAGUCCCUCAGAGGAGAAGUCUCCUGAUGCUGUGUCCAGUGCCUCAGAAGCAACAGAAACUGCACUGAGUCCUCAGUUGGCUCCCUCCGCAGCAGAGAGCUGCUUCGCCCGUCAGCACAACAUUUCAGAAAACAACAAUCAGUGUUUUUCUGGAGCCAAUGGCCAUCUGCCCUCCCAGCUGACAGCACAGAGACCUGGAGCCAUCGACAACCAAUCUCUGGUCACCACUGACCCCAUAAAGGCCCCUACGUUAACUAUGGAGGGUGGCAGACUGAAGCGCUCUUUGCAGCUGGUGCCUGGUAGAGACUUUGAGAUGGUGCCAGAGCCUGUGUGGCGGGCCCUCUACCACUGGUACGGUGCCAACCUGAGCCUGCCACGACCGGUUAUCCUGGAAAGCAAGACUGGUCAAGCAGAGCUGGAGCUGUUCCCCUGCUACCUCCUGUUCCUCCGCCAGCAGCCUGCCACGCGCUCCCCUCAGUCCAACAUCUGGGUCAAUAUGGGUAUGACCAGCCUGCGAAUGUUCCCACCGUAUUUGCCCCCACCAAGAGGAAACGUGCCGUCUCCUAACGCUCCUCUGAAGAGGAUGCUGGCGUACACAGGCUGCUUCAGCCGCAUGGCCACCAUCAAGGACAUCCACCUGUACCUGUCACAGCGGCUCCGCAUCAAGGAGGAGGACAUGAGGCUCUGGCUCUACAACAGUGAGAACUACCUGACCCUGCUUGAUGAUGAAGACCACACUCUGGAGAGUCUGAAGAUCCAGGAUGAGCAGCAGCUGGUUAUUGAGGUCAGGAACAAAGACAUGAGCUGGCCUGAGGAAAUGUCCUUCAUCGCCAACAGCAGCAAAAUGGACAGACACAAAGUUCCUACUGAGAAAGGAGCGACUGGUCUCAGUAACCUUGGCAACACGUGUUUCAUGAACUCCAGCAUUCAGUGUGUGAGCAACACCAAGCCUCUGUCGGACUACUUUCUGUCGGGGAGGCAUCUGUACGAGCUCAACAGGAUCAACCCCAUUGGGAUGAGGGGUCACAUGGCCAAGUGUUAUGGAGACCUGGUGCUGGAGCUGUGGAGUGGGACCCAGAAGAGCAUCGCUCCGCUCAAACUCAGGUGGACGAUAGCAAAGUAUGCCCCUCGCUUCAACGGCUUCCAGCAACAGGACUCCCAGGAGCUGCUGGCGUUCCUCCUGGAUGGCCUCCAUGAAGACCUGAACCGGGUCCAUGAGAAGCCAUAUGUGGAGCUGAAGGACAGCGACGGGCGGCCGGACUGGGAAGUGGCUUCUGAGGCCUGGGAGAACCACCUUCGCAGAAACCGCUCCAUCGUGGUGGAUCUGUUCCACGGUCAGCUCAAGUCCCAGGUCAAGUGUAAAACCUGUGGCCACAUCAGCGCUCGCUUCGACCCCUUCAACUUCCUGUCCCUGCCUCUGCCCAUGGACAGCUCCAUGCAUCUGGAGAUCACUGUUAUUAAACUGGACGGCUCCACGCCAGUGCGGUACGGGCUGAGGCUGAACAUGGAUGAGAAAUACACGGGGCUGAAGAAGCUGCUAAGCGAGCUGUGCAGCCUGAAGCCGGAGCAGAUCCUCCUGGCUGAGGUCCAUGCUUCCAACAUCAAGAACUUCCCUCAGGACAACCAGAAGGUGCGUCUCUCUGUCAAUGGUUUCCUCUGUGCGUUUGAGGUCCCGGUGCCUGGUUCACCAACGUCUCUGAGCUCGCCCACACUCACAGACAUCACCCCAACAGUCAACGGCUCAGCUGCUAACGGUCACCUGAUCGCUAACGGUGGGCCCGGCACACUGCUGCCCUGCACCCCAGAGACUCCUCUGGUCAAUGGGGUUGCCAACGGACAUAUGAGCCCCAUGCAGGACAGCCCUUUCAUUGGAUACAUCAUCGCCAUGCACAGAAAGAUGAUGCGGACAGAGUUGUACUUCCUGUCAUCUCAGAAGAACCGGCCCAGCCUGUUUGGGAUGCCACUCAUCGUCCCCUGCACUGUCCACACCAGUAAGAAGGACCUGUAUGACGCAGUCUGGAUCCAAGUGUCCCGACUGGCCAGCCCACUGCCCCCCCAGGAGGCCAGCAACCAUGCUCAGGACUGUGAUGACAGCAUGGGGUACCAGUACCCCUUCACUCUGCGGGUGGUGGGGAAGGACGGAAACUCGUGUGCUUGGUGUCCCUGGUACAGGUUCUGUCGAGGCUGCACCAUAGAGUGUACAGAGGACAGAGCCUCUGUAGGGAAUGCUUAUAUAGCUGUGGACUGGGAUCCCACCGCCCUGCACCUUCGCUACCAGACCUCCCAGGAGAGGAUUGUGGAGGAGCACUGCAGUGUGGAGCAGUCUCGACGAGCUCAGGCUGAGCCCAUCAGCUUGGACAGCUGUCUGAAGGCCUUCACCAGUGAAGAGGAGCUGGGGGAGGAUGAGCUCUACUACUGCUCAAAGUGCAAAACCCACCGGCUGGCCACCAAGAAGCUGGACCUGUGGAGGCUCCCGCCCAUCCUGAUUGUCCACCUGAAGCGCUUCCAGUUUGUCAACGGUCGUUGGAUAAAGUCUCAGAAGAUUGUUAAAUUCCCUCGAGGGAGUUUUGACCCCAGCGCCUUCCUGGCCCCCAGAGAUCUGGAGCAUCGCUCCCUACACUCACGCAGUGAGAGUGAGGGCCUGCUGAGAGUCGGGGAAGACAACCUGUCCUCCAUCUCUGCUCCGGCUGGCUUCUGCAACCUGCCCAAAGCCUCUCCAGCCUCCAGCAGGAGAUCAGCGCCAUCUCUCAGUCGGAACAGCAGCCCCUCCGGUAGUCCAAAGCCUGCUGGUCGCAGGCCAGGCCGGCUACGGCUGCCGCAGCUUGGCAGCAAGCACCGGCUCUCCAGCAGCAAGGAGAACUUAGACGGAGCUGCAUCCUCUGAAGCCGACUCCCGGGACGGUGUGUCGCAGGCGGACACAGAGGAGAGGGUGGCGAUAGCGGCAGGAGCAGGGCCUGUGGGCUCCAGCGAUCAGGCGGCGUCAGAGUCAUCCUGCGGCACAGAGGCGUCCAGCAGCCACUGUGACGUAAUCCUGAUGAACGGAGACAGCAACGGGAUGGGGUCAGACUGCAGCAUAGAGAGCAACGUGGAUCCUGACAGUUCUCUGCUUCAGCACAGGGACAUGUGUCUGGAUCCCCUCUACAACCUCUAUGCAAUAUCAUGUCAUUCAGGAAUCAUGGGAGGGGGCCACUAUGUGACAUAUGCUAAAAACCCCAAUGACAAGUGGUACUGUUACAAUGACAGCAGCUGCAAGGAAGUUCACUCUGAGGAGAUUGACACCGACUCAGCCUACAUCCUGUUCUAUGAGCAGCAGGGAGUCGACUACUCCCAGUUCCUGCCAAAGAUCGACGGCAAAAAGAUGGCCGACACCAGUAGCAUGGACGAAGACUUUGAGUCCGACUACAAGAAGUACUGUGUCCUUCAGAGACGAGGUACUUGCAUUUCAGAGUUCCCACACCAAAAAAAGAGAAAAUGCAGCCCUCUACACCCACGCCUGAAUCCCACGGCUGCCAAAUGACUGGUGUAGACGUGUGUAAAGCCACAACUCCAGGAGCUCACCUGGGAACCUCCAUUUAUUCUGGAGAGGUGCCAUGAUUUCAAUAAAACUGAAGCGUAAAUAUGUUCAGUAUAUGUUCAUGACUUUUUCCCUGGAUUCUGGGGAGGUGGCAUUUUAUAAGACAUGUUUUAUUUUUGUAAACAGAAAGGCUUUCUGUUGAGGCGGAUCUCUUUAGAUCAGACCUGGAUGUCUAGCUGAAGCCACGCCCACAGGAAGCAAGCUUCUCUUUGCACCUUACCCCUGCUGCAGUUCCCUGCUGUCACUUUACACAUCUUUCUGAUGAUUAAAUCUUUGCAACCUUGGAAACAAACCUGGAACAUUUAGGGAGAAAACAUUUUGACUGCACUAUCAUAAAGAAUUUUAUCAGUGGUUUUAUUAUUCUAAUAUUUAAUCAAUAACCUAAAAAACACUUGACUGAUUCAGCUGAGCCUUCGAAUUGUAGUAAUUCAAGUGAUGUCAAUUUAAAGGGAUAGUACCCACUUUUUGAAGUGAGGUUUUGUUAAGAGGCUGUCUUAAAACUACCGCAAUCUCAAAGAAUUUCCUGCACUUAAUGUAAACAUUGAUUCAUAAAUCUUUAAACCAGUCAUAUUUACUAUGGAUGUGUUUCUAGUGAGAAUGUUAGUUAGUUGGUUGGAAAGUUAGUUGGUGAAUCACAGGAGCAGGUAGAACAUGUGCAGCUACGCAGAAAGAGGUAAAUGUACCAGUACAUCUUUCACAUUUGAAGGCCAUUGUGGCAGACCAUAAUGUCCCAAUUUACCUGCAAACAGGGAGAGAGUUUUGUGUAAAUAAAGAUUUAAUGCAAACAUGACUGCACUGAAAGAUUUGUAAAAUAGUGUUAGCAUAACUCAUUAUGCUCAUUUUGAGAUUUUGGUUUUAAAAAUAAAAGUUUGUUUUAGCCUCGGUCUGUCUCUGGCUCUACUGAAAGUAGGAUAUUGACUGCUCAUGACCUCACACCUGAACCCCACUUCAGGAGAUUUCUACUUGUGAUUAAUAUCUGAACCCUCGUCAGCCUGCCACUGGUUCAAAGUGGUGAACUUUGAAGUGAUUUCCACCUGAUUCAGCUCCUGAGUCAAACAGGUUUUUCAUUAUAAAAUCAGCUGGUUUAAGCCUGUAUAUUUAUGAUUUUGUGCUAAUCUGGUGUCGGAUUUGUAAGCCCCUUUACAGAUUUUUUUCAGACAACCUGCUGAUGUGGGCUGAUAGUAAAGUUUGACAUCAGAUGACUCAUGGUUACUAUACAGAUUAAAUAUGUGCAGUAGCGCCAAAGGUUCAUGUUUGAGUUCAUAACAUGACAUCUGAGCACACAUUCAGCUAAAACAAGUUCCAACUGCCUCAAAAUGAGAUUUGUUUGCACCAUUAACGCCGCGGCAUGAAUUGAAAAGAUAAAGCUGCACUGCAUUCCUUAAGUGAGCAGCUUGGUCAAAAGUUUCUGUCAUUUCAACUGAAUGCAAGCACAAAGGCAAACAUGUUUCUUUCACUUAAAGCUUGGUCUGUUUUAAGUUAAUCAGUAGUAGUAGGAAACCUCUGCAGCUGAAAUGUCCUCUGGCUCCCCCACUACACACACACACACACACACACACACACACACACAACAGAUGUUUGUUUUCUUUUUAGCUGCUGUAUUCAUGGAGCAGACAUCGUUCUGGAGAAUAUGUAUUAGAAUGAAGUCAUCUUUUUCUUUGCAAAGACUGUUGAAUGAAUGAAAGUAUGCAGAUGAGUGCUAUUUAUGUUUGCUCUGAAUGCUUUUUUCCUCCACCUUUCUGCCUUUUAGCUGAGCUAUUAAUGAUGUUCAGUUUUAUGUGUUUGAAAUGACUCAAAGGGAAAAUUGCAGUAAGGAUCAGAUCAGUCAAGAACCCAUUUUCUAGUGCUACAUUCAGUUAUAUGCCCAGUACAUGUCAGUUUUUGAUUUUAUUGUUUUCUGUCCAUAAAUGUGCCCUCAGGCCACCUGCAGCUCAAACUGUUGUUAAAAAUAGGGGCUAAUUUUAGCACAAUUUUCAGAAAUCAAAAGAUCUGCCUAAUGGAACCAAUCUGUUAGCUGAGGCUGGACAAACAGACCCAGUUAAACCACAGGGCUUAUGCCCCCUGCCCUGCCCCUUACCCCGCACAUAACUUCAGCAUGUUGGCAGGCGGAGCGAUCUACUACUGAGCUGUCUGUCUUUUUGUAGCCUCUUUUUAUUUAACUUCUGUACUGUCAGAUUGAAAGCUGACUUGUUAAUUUAAAAACAACAAAAAAUGCUUUUUUGUAAGGUGCUUGUUGAAAGAAGGUGACAUUGCACUGACAUUAAAACAUGUACAUAAAGUGUUUUGUAAAUAAGCCAAUGAAAACUGUGUAUUUGAAUAUGAACUGUACAAACUAUUGUAGUUGUAUAUGGAGUAAUACUGUUGAUCUGUAACAAAAUAACCAAGCAACAAAUUAAACUGCAGAUGAAAUUCCAUUCAUUAAAAA